AUGUACAUAUGCUUUGAUGCCAGUAAAAGGGGGUUGCUAGCUGGAUGCAGACCACUGAUAGGGUUAGAUGGGUGCUUCUUGAAGGGCUAUUAUGGAGGCACUUUACUAGCUGCUGUCACACAGGAUCCAACCCACGCAUUCUAUGUAAUAGCAUAUGGAGUUGUGGAACGGGAGACUAAAGACAAUUGGAGUUGGUUAUUGAGAAUGCUACUUGAAGACAUUGGAGAUCCAAGGGAACAUGGUUGGGAGUUUAUAUCAGACAUGCAAAAGUUCAAUGCUGCUAUAGUGAAAUAUCGAGCAAGACCUAUCAUCAACAUGUUGGAAGAGAUCGGGUUAUAUUUGAUGAGGAAGAUGAACUCUAAUAGGAAUCAGAUUGCAAGAUACAGAGGUCCAAUCACACCAACUGCACAGUCUAAGUUAGAAAUAGCAAAGAGGGAUAGUCACAAAUGGCAUGCUCUUUGGGCUAGAGACCCUGAGCUUGCAAAGUUUCAGGUGCAACAUAUAUACAGCAGCAACCAUCAGCAUGUUGUUGACUUGAAGAUGUCGACCUGUUCAUGUAGAGAGUGGGAUUUGUGUGGGAUCCCUUGUAAGCAUGCAGUAGCAUGUAUGCACUCGGUUGGCAUUGAUGCAGAGAAGCAUGUCAAUCCAUGCCAUUCUAGGGAAACAUGGGACAGGAUUUAUGCUCCGUAUAUUGCUCCACUAAGAGGUAAAGAUCAAUGGAUGAAGUCAAGUGCAAAACCUGUUGAGGCUCCAAGAUUUGCCAAGGGUAAUGAUGUGCCUCAAAACCCAUAUAAGUUUAAAAGGAAGUACAAGGAAAUACAAUGUGGAAGGUGUGGUGAGAGAGAACACAAUGUGAAGAGAUGCAAGGGUACAUUAUCGAAUGAUAAGCAAAGGAAGAAGGCUAAGACUGAUACCAGCCCCCAAAAUGCAUCAGCUUUGUAG